CUGUUUGCGCAGCAGCUGCGGCGCAGCCCGAACGCAGAACAUGGAAGUGAAUUAAUAAGUCGACUGUCGCCCACUUGCUGUUGCGACCGGCAAGAAUUCGACGUUAAUCGGCCCGAAUUUGCUUCCCAACUUCUUUGGGUGGAAAAAGCCACGACGCGUGAAUUUGAUUGUCGCAAGCCGCAAGAGGGAAAAGUUGCACCUGUCAGCAUGUUCAGCGCAACCUCUAGAGCCAAAGGUGUUGGACGUCACUUCAGCAAGGAGGGACCAUGUCGAGCGACGAUAGCCGAGACUCAGAUGUCUUAGAAGUUGUGCGGCCCAGUUCAAAAAAGAAAGAAAACUCGAGCGAUGUUGUUUGUCUGGACAGCGACUCGGAGGAACCAUCUAAUGGUGAUCAGCAGCAGGGUCUAGUGCGUGAGUUGGCACAGGUGGAGGACGAGUUAAAGGACGUCGGCAGACAGUUCCAGCGACUCAAACAGCGACAGGCGGCGCUCGCCAGCAGAAAGGAGCAGAUCGGCGAUCAGCUUUUGCACCUCCAGUCCAAGACGCUCGCCCAGAAAGACUGGUCGGGCACCAACUUUGAAUGGUCCGAACAAGUGCAGCAGCAGUUGAGGGAUGUCUUCAAGAUCAAGAAAUUCAGGCACCUGCAGCUGUCGGCUGUGAACGCCACUUUGUCCAAGCAGGACUUGAUUCUUGUUAUGCCCACUGGAGGAGGCAAGAGCCUAUGUUACCAACUGCCGGCCCUCUUGUCUCCAGGCGUGACUUUGGUCAUCAGUCCGCUGAUCUCGUUGAUGGAAGACCAGGUUAUGCAAGUGCGCAAACUUGGUGUUGGUGCUGAAAUGCUCACUGGCUCGACCAAGCGAGAGGAGAACACGCGAAUCAAGAAUCUGCUUUUGAAAAAAUCAGGAGACGAAGAUUUGAAGCUGCUGUUUGUGGCACCAGAGAAGCUUGCCAAGAACAAGAGUUUUAUGUCAUUGUUGCAGACACUGCACAGGUCUGACAGAAUCGCGCGAAUUGCCAUUGACGAGGUGCACUGCUGCUCCGACUGGGGCCACGACUUUCGACCUGAUUACACUUUCCUUGGGGUGCUUAGGGACCUUUUCAGUGAUGUGCCCAUUCUUGGCCUAACAGCCACCGCCAGCAACAAGGUCGUCACAGACGUUCAGAAGAUCUUGAACUUGCAGGGCUGCCUGGUGCUCAAGGCACCUUUCAACCGACCAAAUCUCUACUACGAAGUUCGACACAAGACUUCGGUCCUCAAGGAUUGGCUUGAAGAGGUUGUGGAAUUACUGAAGGGCGAAUUCAAAGGGCAAUCGGGAAUCAUCUACGCCUUGUCCAUCAAGGACACCGAGGAGUUGGCAUCGGGUCUGCGUGAACGGGGGAUCAAAGCAGGAUGGUACCACGCAAGCAUGAGCCCCGAGUUGCGCUCGAAGGCGCACACACAGUGGCUUGACGGCAAGUUGCAGGUGGUAGUGGCAACAACCGCUUUUGGCCUUGGCAUUGACAAGCCAGACGUGCGCUUCGUGCUGCACCACAGCCUGUCCAAGUCAAUCGAGAACUACUACCAGGAGAGCGGCCGCGCCGGACGAGACUCGCAGCCUGCCAAGUGCAUUCUUUACUUCCGCUUUGCCGACUACUUCCGGCUCAGCACCCUUGUCUUCAGCCAGCAGACUGGCCUGCAGAAGCUGCAGUGCAUGCUUGCUUAUUGCACGGAGCCAAGCAAGUGCCGCCGAGAGAUUGUCGCACAGCACUUCAGCGACUCGUGGGGCCCCUCAGACCUGUGCCGGUAUAUGUGCGACCACUGUCUGCACCCUACCAACUGCCAGGAGGUUGACGUCACCAAGCACUGUGUCUCAGUCUAUCGCCUUGUCAGGAACGCCCUUGAAAAUGAAACCAGGCUUACCUCAAACAUGCUAUUUGACUUGUGGUACGGAAAAGGUAAAGCUUCUUUGCGACUGAAAGACAUUCCAACUCCUGCACACUCGCGUGAGUACAUGGAAAAGGUGUUGGCGCACCUGAUCGCCGAAGGAUUUGUGAAAGAAGAUUUCAACUUCACUGCGUACUCGACCACGAGCUACCUGAAAAUUGACACCGCCGGCCAACGCAAGUUAGACGCCGGGUACCGAAUUAAGUUGCGCAUCGCCGCAAAGAGGCCCUCCUCUUCUACCCCCGCGUCAGCCCCCGAGGCCAAGAAGCCCAAGGCUUAG